CGGCAGUGCCGCCGCCUGGAAGAAGCGCGGUUUCCCUUAACCACAAAAAGGCUCUCCUGCACUCUCGGAUCUAGCCGGUUUUCCCCAUACGGUCCUAAGGUCCUGGGGGCGAAUCGGGGCCCUGGCGUUUCCCCCUGUACGGUACAGUUCAAAGUGCUUGCGGAAGUCUUACUCUUCUUUUGUUCUCUCUCGUCUCCUUGGGAAGCCGGAGCCCGGCUGGCCAUUUCUUCUCAGGGUUGCGUUGGGCUCCGAGUUUUCCCUAGCCGCGAGAAGGCCCCCGACGAAGCCGCGCCGGAAGCCCCGCCGGAAGCCCCGUGGGUGGGGCCUUCAGAGAGAGGAUGCUGCGCCCGGAGCGGGUCUGCAGCUGUGCGCCAAAAGACGGCGAGGCACGCUCAGGGGCGGGAAGCAACCUCACCCAUUCAAAUCCCAGGUCUCUGCAGUCACCCCCUGCAGCAAUCCCACACUGCCUCUGUUCCCAUAGAGCAAGAAGCAAGUCAGAACCCUUCCCAGGUGCUCCACAACAAUGGAGGAGGAUACAGAGAGGCAUAAAAGGCAGUGGAGUUCCAGAAGCUACUUUGUGGGUGCCGCCUCUGCAAGCCUCUCCACCCUGGCAACCUUCCCUGUCUACAAGACCAUCUUCCGCCAGCAGCUGCACGCCUCCUCCAUCACUGAAGCGGUGCACCAGCUGCGCUGCGAAGGCUUCUGCCAAAUCUACCGAGGUGUCUUUCCACCACUCAUGGCCAAGACACUGCAAGGAACAUUGAUGUUUGGCACCUAUAACAGCUUCUACGGCUUCCUCUCAACUCAGCCUUUGGGGCCGUGCUCCAAAAGGGCCACAGCUGGGCUGCUUUCUGGCUUCUUGGAAGCCUUGGUUUUCUGUCCCUUCGAGAGGGUUCAGAACGUGCUCCAGGAUGGGAGGAAGGUCCAGCAGUUCCCCACAACAAGGCACAUCCUGGCGACCUUCCAUUCCUACACUCUCUGGGAGAGCUUCAGCCUGGGCUUCUACCAAGGCCUCGGGCUCAUCCUGGUGCGCAACGGUCUGGGGAGCUCCCUCUAUUUUGCCCUAGAAGAGCCUCUCCGCAGCAGUCUCUCCAAGCAGGGUUUGCCUGCCGGAAUCCCAGCCUUUCUGUCAGGCAGCAUCAGUGGCACUGUGGUGUGCCUGCUCCUCUACCCGCUUAGCAUCCUCAUUGCCAAUGUGCAAUCACAAGUGGGGAGGCAGGAAACCCUUGGCCUCUUGGCCACGAUGACAAACGCCUGGCAGGCCCGGGGGAGGAAAGCCUGGCUGCUGUAUAGGGGUGGCUCUCUCCUCAUUCUCCGCUCUAGCCUCACAUGGGGACUUACAACCGGCCUCUACCACUUCUUGUCCAAGGUCGCAAGCUGAGGGCUGAUCCUGGUUUGGACCAGGCACCCUCACAACAGCUGGGCUAGGAGGGCCCUCAGUGUCGAUAGACCAACCUGCAAAACACGGCGUAAAUGGAGACAGUGACACAAGAAGGAAAGGAAAUGUGCCCCAUGUGGGGUGGGGGGUAAGGGAACCAAAUAGUAUCAGGCUGGAGAGAGAGGAAUGCACAGCAAACUCAGAAUUGGGGGUUUGGUUCACUUGGAGACUUUCUAGAAAUCUGAAGUGGGGACCACCAGUUGCUUAGGUUGCAAGCACAUCUCGACCAACCUAAUUCCAUCUGAUCUCCAGAACGCCCCUCUGCCCCAAACCGGGUCGUCAGUGGCCAGCACAAAACAUCUCUUUCACUUUCCUGCAGGGCAACAGCGAGUUUGGCCUAAAGGGAGGGGCUCCAGCUGCAUUUCAGAUGAGGGGAUCCAUGUUUUCUGUUCUUACAUGCCCACUGGAACCUUAAGCUACAAGCAGGAUGUCAUAGGGGAAUUAAGUCCCAUUAGAUAUGCCAGGAUGCAUUAAUUGUAACCCUGACUCUGAUUUGUGAAUUAAGCUCUGAUUGAAUUAUUCGAAAUGUGUAUCAAUUAUAUCAGCCAACUCAUCUUGGAUCUUUUGGAGAAAGGUGUGUUUUGUUUUUAGUUAUAAAUAAUCAACUGAGUACUGUUUCUAUAAACUUUAUCUUCAGCUGAGCUGGAUUUUAAUGGCAUAAAUUAAUUUUGAAUUAAUAA